UUUGUCCACUUCUCCACUCUCCCCCCUUCUCUCUUACAAAACUUGUGGUUAUCGACUUCGCUCCCUUCAUUGAGUGCUAAUUUGACAAAAAAAUCCAUACCCUUUUCCACCCUCUUCUUCAUUGGCUACCAUGUGCUGUUCUUCACAUUUAUUAUUGUUUUUGUUAACCCAAUUGUCUUCUCGAAUCUCCUUUUACCCUCUCAGGUCCCGCUAAUCCAACCCCAUUUCUUAAUUUUCUCUGUUUCUUAUUUUUUUAUUUCUUUCAAUUCCAUUCUCUCUCUUACCCAUCAUCGUUUUCGUUGUCAAACGUCAAAACCCAUCUCUAAUGGAGCUUUAAAUUGGUCUAGGAAACCUUAGGAACUUGUCGUUGUUGUCGUUAUUGGUUCGUGAAUUUUGGGUUGUUCGUGUUUUCGUCGAGGGGGUUUGGUUUAUUAUUUGGGGCAAAUUCUUUUUUGGGUUUUGUUGUGCGGUUGAUUUUGUUUGGGGGGAGGAAAUGAGAGUGGGGAGCUUCAAUUAUGAGAACACUUUGUGACGCUUGUGAAAGCGCUGCCGCUAUUGUCUUUUGUGCUGCUGAUGAAGCCGCCCUUUGCCGCUCUUGUGACGAGAAGGUUCAUAUGUGCAAUAAACUUGCAAGUCGACAUGUAAGAGUUGGCCUUGCAAAUCCCAGUGAUGUUCCCCGUUGUGAUAUAUGUGAGAAUGCACCUGCUUUCUUUUACUGUGAGAUAGAUGGAAGUUCCCUUUGUUUGCAAUGUGACAUGAUCGUUCAUGUUGGAGGGAAAAGGACACAUAAGAGAUACCUUUUGCUACGGCAGAGGGUUGAGUUUCCAGGAGACAAACCUAUAAAUCUUGAUGAUCCAUCUCCACAGUCCAAGGUUCCUAAUGAGAUUGGUAAAGUACAUAAUCAGCCACCACCGCAUAAAGUGACAGUAGAAGACACCCAGCAAAAUCAUCACCGACUAUCACCUGUUCGAGAGGCCAAUGAUGAUGGUCAUGCCGAGACUGAUACGAAAAUGAUCGAUUUGAAUAUGAAGCCUCAUAGGGUCCAUGGCCAGGCUGCUAAUAAUCAGGUUCAAAUGCUUUUACUCAUCUCUUCCUUCAAUAGUGUUCAACUGUUUAUAUGCACUGUGGCAUCGUAUCCAUUCGGAAUUUUCAAAAUGGUUCCAAUUUCCUAAUUUAAUCGCCAACUCGUCAUUACUAUUGAGUGACAACUUGUCUAUUAGAUGAAACAACCUCUUUGGAACAACUUUUCAAGGGCUUUGAAAAAGAGAGGUUAAAGUAGUGUGAUCUUAAAAGAGUUUUUAAACACACAGAAAAUUAUUCCAAACCGACCUUAAACCAACCAAUUGAUUUACUCUGACAACUAAUAGAAAAUGAAUGGAUCCAUACCAUGUCCUUGUCCUCCUUUGCUAUAAAGUAUCUCAUGAUCGAUCAACUACUGUGUUUAUAUGUAUUAAUGUUGCAAGUAUAGUUGCCGCACAGAUAUUAGAACCAACAAAAACCAAAGCUUAUCAUCAUACUUGCUGGUAUCCAUAUUAGCAAAGAUAUGUUUAGUCCAGAGAUAUUACAUAAUUUUCCAAGACAUGUAUACACGUGUAGUAAUUAAUAAUUCGGUUUCCUUUUCAGGAUCUAUGAUCAUGAACAAACAAAGCAUGGAUUUUGAUAACACAUCGACACCAUUGCAUUCAUCAAUCUUCCCCUUGCUUCUGAUUCAAAGCAGAAGCUGUCACGGUUGGUCGUAGUGGAAACUUACAUUGUUUGUUUCGGUGGGGGGGGGGGGAGGGGGGGACGGUGUCGAGCUUGUUUAGUAAUCUGUAGAGAAGUGGUUGGAUAGAUUUGAAAGCAAAAAAAAAAAAAGAUAAGAUAAAAGCAGUGCUUUUUUAGUGAAAUUGAAGGUGCUGUAAUAUUACAAACUGAGACACAGACCCAGCCAGCAGUUGUUGGGAGGGCAAGUUGGUGUAGGGUACCCCUUCUUUUGUAUUUGGUUGGAACAAAAACAAAAACAAAAUACAAAAAGGCGGCUGCUUUCAUUUUA